GUGCUAUUUUUUGGAUUGAAAAGUGAUCAAGUUUACAAUGAUAAACGGGCCAAACUUGGAUUAAAAACAUUACAGAUUUCGAAUUUUGUGCUAUAAUGUUCGGGCCUUACAAAGUUUUGCAUAACAACGAGGUAGGCAGAUUUGUCGUAGCCUCGCGAAGUUUAGAAGCCGGAGAGAUCGUAUUCAGCGAAUUACCAUUUGUGGUUGGGCCAAAAAUAGAUUGUCCGCCUGUAUGCUUGGGGUGUUACGCACCGGUUGACGGCUGUAGUGGAGGACCACGCUGUGCAGCAUGUCAGUGGCCGCUAUGUGCGACUUGUUCCAAAGUGGAAACGGGGCAUCAGGCAGAAUGCUCUGUGUUCUCGUCAUCGAAAGUGCGAUUCCUGGAUGUUCAAGAUAAUACGGCGACUUGUCCGCAAUACGACUGCAUAACACCACUCAGGACUCUGCUGGGUUCAGAAACUCAAAGCGAUCGUUGGGCAAACGAAGUGGCUGAAAUGGAAGCACAUGCCGAGGAAAGAAAACAGUCGCCAAGCUGGCACGUGGACAAAGUUAAUGUGGCAGGAUUUUUAAGAGGCCCUUGUAAACUAACUAAUAGAUUUAGUGAAGAUCUUAUUAUGCACGUAUGCGGAAUAUUGGAGGUGAAUGCUUUCGAAGCCCGGACCGUAAUGGGAUACAGCGUUAGAUGUCUUUAUCCAAAAUUGGCAAUUCUAUCUCACAGUUGUACACCAAAUACUACACAUGCUAUACUUCCCAGUCAAGACUAUCGUGUAUAUGUGCGGACAACAACAAAAGUUAAUAAAGACGACAAACUACAUUCGUGUUACACUUACACAAUGAAUCGCACCAUUCAGAGGCAGCGUCACGUCCAGGAGACCAAAUACUUCCAAUGCAAAUGCGAAAGGUGCCGCGAUCCCACCGAACUUAAUACUAAUAUGAGCUCCAUAAGAUGCUCACGUUGCGAGCACGGCUACGUAUUAUCAGAAAAUCCAUUAGAUUUUACUUCAAAUUGGAUUUGCAAGUCUUGCAAUCAAGCAACAAGUGCCGUUGAUAUUGAAACAAGAAUGCAAAAAUUUCAAUUUGAGGUGGAUAGUCUGGAUGAAAGCUUCGGAGGUGUGAAAGUUAGGGAAGAAUUAUUUAAAAAGUUGCAGAUGUUUUUGCAUCCACAAAAUGCUUUACUCAUCUCUCUGUCCCAUUCUCUGAUACAAUUAUAUGGAAGAGCACCAGGAUAUCAGUUCAAUCAAAUGAGCGCAGAUCAGUUAAAACGGAAGAUAGAACUAUGCAAAGAUGUGUUACAAGUACUUGAUAUAAUUGAGCCAGGUUUAUCAAGAGCUAGAGCUCUGACUAUGUAUGAACUUCAUACACCUUUAGUAAUAUUAGCAAAACUAAACACUAAAAAUAAUUGCGAUAAAUCUGCAAAAAAUAAUCUAGAAAAGGCUUUGAAAGAGGCACGAGAUCUCUUAAAAGGUUGUUGUUUAGUAUUAAGUUGGGAGGAUCCAAAUUCACCUGAGGGUAUAAUUAGCAUGGUGGCUAAACAAUCGUUAAAGAUAAUAGAGGAACAGCUUGGAAAAACAUAACACAAUUUAAAAAAUGAAGGUUUCAUUGAAAAAAAUAU